GGCAUGUAGGUGCUGUCUAGCUUUAACGUAUGUGAAUUAUUCAUUAGUAGGUUGGCCUCACUAACGUACGAUUAAUUUGUUGUCGAAUCUUUUGUGAGUGAGAUGGAGAGUGCUUAAUUUGUUGUGAAAGAAAAAACAAUAAUGAGAAAACUAGCACAGAAGAAAACGCAAGUUGAAAGCUCAUCUGGAGAGUUCUUCAUGGCAGUGCCACUUUAAGAGGGGAUAUGAGUUGGAAGGGGUCCAAAGGGGAUCUGUACUAAACUUGGAACUGUUUAGCUGGUUUGAGCAAAGAAUCCGACGCCAUUUUCCGACUCUAAGCGACGCCAAUCGACUGAGAAGGAGGGAGGCGUACGACGAUGGAUGAGAGCCAAAAGGAUCAGCUAAUCUUGUUGUUAAGGCAGUCCUUUCAGGUUGCUUUAAUUUUGGUGUAGGCAUCUGGCGGCGAAGGCGUACUUACCAUAUAGCAACUGCAUGCUAUGGGGGAUCCCGCCGCUCUUGCCAAUACGGAUUCCAUUCACGACGGCACAGAGGAUGCUGAUCCACUGCAUGUGCUCAACAGGAGACAUUUUCUCGCGGUGAAGUCUCAUUUCCGUCAGAGGAAGCACGAGGCACUCUUGGCUCUAGCCGUGGAAGAUCCUGGUCGCCCGGUGAACCUCAUGAACGACACUUUGCUCCACGUCGUCAUAGCUUGCAACAAGACCGACCUCGCCAAAAGUAUUAUCUUGCAGAUGCCAGUGGAGACCCUCGCGGCCAAGAAUUUGUACGGCGACACGGCUCUUCAUGUCGCUGCCGCCGUGGGUAACAGCGAGGUGGCCAGGGAGCUGUUCGGCAAGAGAGAAGAUCUCAUCGGAGAACAGAACUUGAAGCAGGAGACACCACUGCACAAAGCGGCGUUCUACGGGCAUCAUGACAUGUUCUGGUGCCUGGUGGACGAGGGGAAUGGCUCCCCGUACGAGCGGAGGGAGGACGGCGCCACCAUGCUGCAUUGUGCCAUCAUGGGCAACGAGCCGGGGCUGGCACUGGAGAUUGCAGAGCAUUUUCCAUUGCUGAUCACGUCGCGGAAUACUAUGGCGGUGACCCCGUUGCAGCUGAUGGUGACCGUUCCGGGGUUAUUCCGAAGCCAAAUGGAACUUGGCGGCUUCGAGUCCAUCCUCCAUGACUUUAUUCCUUUGGAGAAGGACUCACACAGGACUCGUCGAAGAGAUGAAGAGGAGGCAGGUGGAAGCUCCAACGAUGCCGGUCAAGCUGAAGCCGCAGAGCAAGAUGACCACGAAUAUUUCGGGAGGCAUAGAACAAUUCGUUCAAGAUUUCCAUCUUGCUGCUGUACUCUCGUUGACAUAUUAGUCUUCCCAGUCAAAUGGGUUCGUCUGUUUCUUUUCUUCAUUAUAAGGACUUUGUACCCUCGAACCCGACAUCUGGAGAAGAUUAAGAGAACCCAUAGAAAAGCCUUGGAACUCAUCGAAUUUUUAGCCCGCGACCCGAGAAACAUGGAGUUCUACGUGCUGGGAAGAAUGCAAGGUGACGGCGGAGCUCCUGCGGCAGGCUUUCGAGAAAGAGGUGGACGACAAGAUCAACUUAAUGCACCAGCUGCGUCUACGAGAAGAUGGAACGAGCCACCCUUGAUCUUGGGUGCACAAAUGGGCAUUCCCGAGUUCGUCAGUACCAUCUUACGAGUGUGUCCGGAGGCAGCUACCUACCUGGACACCCGUGGCCGAAGCGUUCUCCAAGUAGCAAUAGAGCAUGGUAACCGAGAGAUUGUGAGAACUAUACGUGAGAUGACUCAGGGGAAGAAUCCCAUACUACCAUCCUGGCUACUGUCCCGCGUCGACAAAGGGACCGGAAGAACCAUCCUGCACUUUGCUUCGGCAAAUGCCCCUGAGCAUAACCAAGAUGCUCUACAAAUGCAAGAUGAAUUAAGAUGGUUUGAGACGGUGAGAGAUAUGGUUCCUAAGGAAUUAGUGUACAGUCGAAACGCGCAAGAGAUGACCGCAGAAGAGAUGUUUACCAAGAGUCACCAAGCUUUGCUCAAGAGUUGCAAGGUUCAACUAAUGGAAACGGGAAGGUUGUGUUCGGGGCUGAUCGCAGCUGUAGUGUUCGCGUCGAGCUUCUCCAUCCCCGGCGAUAAGGACCCAGCGACCGGCAACCCGGUUUACUUCGGUAGGGCAGCUUUUAAGGUCUUCUCACAUGCGUACGUGAUUGGGUUGUCAUGCGCCGCCACAUCUCUGGUGUUGUUCUUAUCCCUCGCCAUGUCACCGAACAAGGAGCAGCAGUUCCGUCGUAUAAUCCCCACCAAAUACUUCUUUGCCCGCUCGUCGUUUGGGUUUGCGAUGCUGUCUUUUCUGGUGGCGUUCACCUGCAACAUCUACCUACAGUUAUAUGGCUGGCAGAAGACGAAGUCGAAGGACUUGAUUCCAUUCGUAUUGGAGCUCACCGUCUUCCCUGUUAACUGUUUCCUGGUGUUGUUCUUUCGUGGCUUCACCUUCGAUAUACCUUUCCUUUUUCGUUCUUGGCGUUGAGUCAACAAGUAUGAUCGUCCACAUCUUUGGAAUCUGCAGCUUCAUGAUGUAACGUCGGUUCUACCUAUUACGGUAUGCCACCUGUACUAGCGGUAUGUAGUGGUAGUUGUCAUUGGACAGUUAAUAUCUCGUGUGUACAAGCAGCAACAAAGGCAUGUUAUAUGUGGACGCUAUUUGAUUGUAACUUUAAUGUGGUCUUUUCUUCUAUCUU